CAGUCAUCAAGGUCUUACGAUUCAAGCCAAUUGAAUCAUCAUCAGAACAAACACGAACCAAGUAGAUCCACCAAACCGACCAACCAGAGAACCGAAGUACCAAUAUUCAAAAAUGACGACAAACCACCGAGCUUACCUCCGAAAAUAAAACCAAAAACACCCUCUCCCAAAUUAUCUCAGAAACAUUAUAUUAGCAACGGACCAACCCCAGGAAAUUUCAAGUCACGAGGUUCAGAUAUUUCAAACUUAAGACAAAAUGGCCAUACAAAUAACGGCAUUACGAGCGAAGCUGUUACUGUCGAGAUGAAUUUCUUAAUGCCACCCGAAAGAUAAAAUUACGAAGAAAGCGCGAGAAUAUAUGUUGAACUGCAAACUCCGGGUCGUUCUAAACACGAUCGCCUUAUCAAACAUUAACAACGAGAAUCUUUGUAAAAAAAAUGAUUUUUCAAUCAAAACGAAUAAAAUGACAGCUGGAGAAAAAGCAUCACAGAAAGACAUGAGCUCAAACGACGCUCAUUGAAACCCAUUCAUACAAAAACGUCGCCUCUGCUGGAGAUAAUGAUUCAAAAUACUGCCAGCUUGACUUAGCCAGAACUAGACUUCUUCCGGAAUACUAAAACCUUUUGCCGUUCAAAAGCGCAAUGGCAAUGAAAGAAAAUGAAUCUCCGAUCAAAAAUGAAUCUAAACUUCACUCUUUAAAUUGCUUAUCAGAAUCACAAAUCGAGGAGACAUUACAGAACCAUCAGCACCAAAAGAAGACGAACGUUUCUUUGACAGAAAAUAACAUUGCAAACGAAACUACACUAACCCAAUUAACAAACCAGCUACUAUUUGUAACAUCGCAAAGGGUGGAAGAAGAAGCUGCCUUAAAAAUUGAAAAAGAGAGACACUUAAAGUUGGACUUACUCCGCGAAGAGAUGCGACAGCAGCAGCUAAAAAAUCAAUUGAAUCACGCUCGAUUAGCAAUGGAGAGAGAAAACUUCCAAAUCAGAGAAAACGAAGUCUCCAAAGAUCUCAAACAAUUUAAGUAUGAAAGGGAGAAAAUAAGGCGGGACCAAAAUAGUGAAACUUUGAGCUCAGAAGAGGAGCUUGGCCAGAUGACUGAAGAAAAAAACGCAGUUGAAAUAGAAGAAAACUAUCCAGACAAUGGAAGAAAACACGAGGACUGCAGAAACUCUGAGAACGCUGCUCCAGAAUUCGAAUCACAAAAGACAUCUGAUACAAACCCCACUUCAACCCCACCCCUACCCACAGAUUAGCAUAAUCACAUAAUUCACUACACAAGAAAUGGAUAGCAUGAAAAUGCUAUUGUUUGUACAGGAUUUUUGCAGAUGCUUCAUUAUUGAAUUGUAAAUUUUGCAUAUUUAGACAUUAUC